AUGGACAGCGCCCGCGAACCGGCCCCGGGGCGCUGGGACGCCGCGGGCUUCUGGCAGGUCUGGCAGCGCUUCGACGCGGAAGAAAAAGGCUACAUAGAAGAGAAGGAGCUCGAUGCUUUCUUUCACCAUAUGUUGAGGAAAUUGGGCACAGAUGAGGCCGUCUUGGAGGAAGACACGCGCAGGCUGAAACAGCGAUUGGUGACCACGCCUGAGGCCCCUACCCGCGUGCAGAUGAAAGAGCUUGCCAGUAUGUUCUUGUCUGAGGAUGAAAAGUUUCUUCUGUUCUUUCGCCUGGAAACCCCCCUGGACAGCAGCGUGGAGUUUAUGCAGAUCUGGCGCAAAUACGAUGCCGACAGCAGUGGCUUCAUAUCAGCGGCUGAGCUUCACAACUUCCUCCGAGACCUCUUCCUGCACCACCACAAGGCUGUUUCCGAGGCUAAGUUGGAAGAGUACACGGGCACCAUGAUGAAGAUCUUUGACAAAAAUAAAGAUGGUCGGUUGGAUCUUAAUGACUUGGCAAGAAUCCUGGCUCUCCAGGAAAACUUCCUUCUGCAAUUUAAAAUGGACGCCUGCUCCACGGAGGAGAGGAAGAGGGACUUUGAGAAAAUCUUCGCCCACUAUGACGUCAGUAAAACUGGAGCCCUGGAAGGCCCCGAGGUGGAUGGUUUUGUCAAAGACAUGAUGGAGCUGGUCCAGCCCAGCAUCAGCGGGGUGGACCUUGAUAAGUUCCGGGAGAUUCUCUUGCGUCACUGUGAUGUGAACAAGGAUGGAAAGAUCCAGAAGUCGGAGCUGGCUCUGUGUCUUGGGCUAAAAAUCAGCCCCUGA